GCGGUUAAUUUCCCUCUGUUGGACUAGUUUUGGUCCAGUUUUUCUGGCUCGACGGACCUCGCCCACCCCUCCCACUUCUUCCAAAGCUCUAAAGAAACCGAAGGAGGAACAACACCCGGAAAUCAGAGCUCAUCCCGGCUCUGUCUGCAGGAGGACGAACGGUUUGAGACGGAACGGACACGAACACGGUGGAAGUAUGGACUCCCACAGUGAGGUGGUGGAACGGUUACGAUCAGCGUUUCGUUCAGGAGUCACGGUGCCGGAACAGUUCCGUCGAACGCAGCUGAUGAAGCUCAUGUCGAUGCUCAAAGAGAACGAGGAGAAGUUUGUAGUGGCGCUGCACAAAGAUCUGGCAAAGCCCAGAUUUGAGGCGUUGCUGUCCGAGCUGGACAUCGUGACCAACGACCUUCACCACACCAUCUCCAACCUGUCCAGCUGGAUGCAGCCGGAGUACGUCGAGAAAAACCUGGCCACAAAGUUCGAUGACUGUUUUGUUCAGAGGCAACCGUUAGGAGUUGUGUUGAUCAUCGGGACGUGGAACUACCCUCUGCAGCUCCUCAUCCUGCCCAUGGUUGGAGCCAUUGCUGCAGGAAACUGUGUGAUCCUGAAGCCUUCAGAGGUCUCCACCGCCACCGACAGUCUGAUAGCAGAGCUGGUCCCCAAAUACCUGCAUCAGGACUGUUUUGCAGUUAUUAGUGGCGGAGCAGAAGAGACGAAGGCCCUCCUGAAGCAUCGAUUCGAUCACAUCUUCUACACAGGUUCUCAGAACGUGGCCCGCUCUAUCCUGCAGGCAGCAUCCGUUCAUUUGACCCCGGUGACUUUGGAGCUGGGUGGGAAGUGUCCCUGCUUCAUCUACGGUCAGGUAAACAUUCUCUAUGCCGCUCGCCGCUUGGUGUGGGCCAAGUUCUUCAACGCCGGCCAGAGCUGCGUGGCUCCAGACUAUGUGCUCUGCUCCACGGCCAUCCGGGAUGCCAUCCUGCCCGCCAUCCGCCAGGCUCUGGAGGAAUUCUACGGCAAGGAGCCUCAGAAGUGCCCCGACUAUUCCCGCAUCGUGUCGCCCCAACACUGGACUCGUCUGAUGGAAAUGCUGGGAAAGACCAGCGGCAAGGUGGUGAUAGGAGGAGAGAGCAACCAGGAGGAGAAAUACAUCGCUCCCACAGUGGUGGUGGACGUGGCUGAAGACGAUGUCCUCAUGGGAGAGGAGAUCUUCGGCCCCAUCCUGCCCAUCCUCACCGUGGAGUCUCUGGAGCAAGGCAUCUCCUUCAUCACCAGCAGAGAGAAGCCUCUGGCCCUGUACACCUUCUCAGACGACUCUUCUGCAGUGAAGACGGUCAUGGAGAAGACGAGCAGCGGAGGAUUCUGCUCUAAUGACAGCAUCAUCCACAUGAGCCUGCCCAGCCUGCCCUUUGGAGGAGUAGGGGCCAGUGGUUUCGGCUGCUACCACGGCCGCUUUGGCUUUGAGACGUUCAGCCACCGGAGAGCCUGCAUGCUGCGAGGCUGGGCUCUGGAGAGGAUCAACAGCCUCCGCUACCCUCCCUACAGCGAUGAGAGGCUGGGCUGGCUGCGAUGGACCACCUCACCCAAGUUCAGCUGCUCCAUCAUGUAACGGCAGGCUGGGGAGUGUGUGAGUGUGGAAGAGAAAAUAGGUUUUAGACUGUAUGUGACGGUGUGAGUGGAAUAUGAUCAACAAGCCUGAUGGGAAAAUGUUUAUGUUAACAUUCCUCUUCAUGCUUCACGUCUCCUAAAGCAAUCACGCCAAUUUUAGUUUCACAUCUACAGCGUUUUAGCAGAUAUCUAAUGCUGUUUUCUUGUACCUUUAGUUCCACUUUCUGUCCACUGAGUCCUUAGUUUUAAAUUUUCCUAAACACCUGGUGUGUCUGAAAUCUUUCCACAGUAAGAAUCUUGUCACAGUGUUAAUGUUUAAACAGAUUUAGAACACAUUUUAUAUAGUUUUGGUUGGUUGGUUUAUUAUUUUCUUUGUGAUUGUCUUUUACUAUUGAGUAAUGUAAAUAAAUUUGAAAUUAUACUGCUUAAAAA